AUGGCGAGGGGAUUGAAGAAGCAUUUGAAGAGGCUCAAUGCCCCAAAGCAUUGGAUGCUUGAGAAACUUGGUGGUGCUUUCGCCCCCAAGCCCUCAUCUGGACCUCACAAGUCGAGGGAGUGUCUUCCUCUUGUUCUGAUCCUCAGGAACAGAUUGAAGUAUGCUUUGACCUACCGUGAAGUCAUCUCCAUCCUCAUGCAAAGGCAUAUCCAAGUCGAUGGAAAAGUGAGGACUGACAAGACUUACCCUGCCGGCUUCAUGGAUGUUGUGUCGAUCCCCAAGACGAAUGAGAACUUCCGUCUUCUCUACGACACCAAGGGACGUUUCCGUCUCCACUCCGUCAAGGAUGAGGAAGCGAAGUUCAAGCUUUGCAAGGUUAGGUCAAUCCAGUUUGGGCAGAAGGGGAUUCCAUACCUCAACACUUACGAUGGUCGCACCAUCCGUUACCCCGACCCGCUCAUCAAGCCAAACGACACCAUCAAGCUGGACCUUGAGGAGAACAAGAUUGUCGAGUUCAUCAAGUUUGACGUUGGUAACGUUGUGAUGGUGACUGGUGGUAGAAACAGAGGGCGUGUGGGUGUGAUCAAGAACCGUGAAAAGCAUAAGGGAAGCUUUGAGACGAUCCACAUCCAAGACUCGACCGGACAUGAGUUUGCUACAAGGUUGGGCAAUGUGUUCACCCUCGGCAAAGGAACGAAGCCAUGGGUGUCUCUUCCCAAGGGCAGAGGUAUUAAGCUCACCAUCAUUGAGGAAGCAAGGAAGAGGCUUUCUCAGCAAGCUGCUUAA